GAUCAACACACACUUUGCCACUUUUCGCAAUCCAAAAAAAAAAUAGCUUUUUUUUUUUUCAAUUCAUCAAGAAAAUCUCCAUUAUCAUAAAUUUGGUGACAAGCCCACUUUACAGAAAAUGAGAGACGAAGAAACCCAAACAAACCCUAGUAGCAGCAGCAGCACAAACUUAGCAGGAAGCUUCAGCAUCAAGAAAGAUGGCGGGGGGUCUGGUUUUGAGGGACUGUUUGGCAAAGGAAAGUACAAGUUGUGGGCUUUGACUGUAAUUAUUUUGCUUGCAGUUUGGUCCAUGUUCACUGGCUCUGUCACACUCAAAUGGUCUUCUGUUUAUCUUAAACACUCCUCUCUUGACUUAGAUCAAUCCAUCCAUGGCGAUCUUGAUGUUCUGGAUGUGGAUGAAAGGGAAAAGAUGGUGAGGCAAAUGUGGAAUGUGUACAAACACAACAGUAUUGUAAGGCUGCCUAGUUUCUGGAGAGAUGCUUUUGGUGCUGCUUAUCAAGACUUGAUCAGUGAGGUUUCAACUGUCAGAAAUUCGGCCCUUCUUGAGAUUGCUAAGAUGUCGUUCGACUCCGGCGUUGUGUAUGAUCCACCUCCUGUCGAAUCGACCCCUAGAGUAUCCGAGGAAGUUCCACUAAGAACCAAGGCAAGGAAGACGAGGAAACAGAUCAAAUGACCGUAUAUGCUAAGAGCAACUGCAAAAUAAUGCAUCGUCCUUGGAGUAUUAUGUAAUUUUGCGUGCACUUAUUGCUAUAAUACGACAUUUUAAUAUCUUAGGGCAUGACAUUUGCGUCGUUGUUGCAAAGUGACGAGAUGCAUCCAUGUUCCGUUUACAUUUCUAAGCGAAUUAUAUACUAGUAAACAUUUAUCCAACUGGUAAAAUAGUAAUAAAUAUUUGGUUUUCUCGUAGUAAAGAAGGUAUUUACGAUCUCCGUUUGGCU